AUGGAUGCAUUACAACGUGAAGUAGAAGCGCUAAGCGCAGAGGUGACACGUUUACGUCUUAUGGUUUGCCGCAUGACAACAACGGUAGAGGCACCGUCUUCAUCAAGAGUCCACAUGUAUCCUGGCAGUAAUAACGUUAACACUAAUGACACUGCGACUGUUCCUCAAACUGUAAAUAUGUCUACACAAGAGAGAAUAACGUGUGGCUCUUGUGGUACCCACCUGCCGAAAACCGUUCCCCCUGAGUGGGUGCAACUCUUUGAAAACCUGGUGGUAGCUAGCAGGGAUGCUGCCGUAGCAUCGAUUGAAGUAGCCCAUCGUGGUGGUGUUACAGACACAGGCCGUGCCAGACAACAACGGAGGAGUUCGCGAGGAAAGAAAAGGAAUAAGGAAAGAAAACACAGCCAGCGUCACCGCGUAGUAUUAUCAUCGUCACCAGUGACAUCAGACUCAUCCACCUCUUGCUCUUCAUCUUCUUCCUCCUCUUCCUCAUCCUCUACCGCAUUGUCUUCACCGCAUCGACCAAGCAUGAGGGAAAAGAAAAUGUCCCAUAGACAUCAAUAUAGAACUGGGUAUGAGCCAAGGCAUCGUGUUAAUGAUGUGGAGGAAAAAGAAAAAGAAAAAAAGAAAAAAGAGGUGAAACAAAAACAGAUGACUCUUAAUGUAUCACCUAUGAGUGAGGUUAGAGCCAUUCAAGUAGAGGAGUCACAUGGCACUACUUGCGGCAAUGAGUUGUAUGCGAGCGGAAACAAAUGUGGUACACAUCCCGAGGGGACUGGAACUGCAACGUCAUUGGAUGUUACCAGUAAUGGGUUGGCCUCUGCCAGUCUUUCGCAAGGCAUACUAGCCUCCUUUCUUGGUUCCGGUGUUGCCUCCAUACCACCGCAGAAGAGUGGGGAAGAAGAAGAAGAAGAAGCGCGGCUUUCUACGGACGAGAACGGUUAUCCUAUCGCCAGUCAUUCGUCCUUAGCUCUGGGAAGUGCAAUAGCGGUAACAACUGUGUCGGGAGGUCAAACUCCAGUGCGGGCACAUUUCAAACCUAUAGGUCUAAACCGAGCCGCACCGCCACAACGACGCAAGCUCUUGGAACGUCUUCGUGAGACGAGUGAUGGGUCUGAUGAAUCAAGUGACAAUUUAUCGGCCCCACGUGUUGGGGUGAGUAUGGAGUUACGCUCAACUUCACAACGCGGUGCAGCGGACGAUGUCUUGGGUAUUGGCAGUGGUGAAAACACUACUAGAAGUAGUGGUGCACCCGGUGUUUUUGGUGGGGGGAGCUUAUUGGGUUCUGUCGGAGGAUACAAUCCUGAAAUGCUUGAUGAGUGCGAUUUCGCCCUGCAAAACUCUUUUGGGGGAAGUGGAAGUUGCGAGAGAGGAGUCACCAAUAAGGCCGAAUCAUCAUCACCUACUCUCCAACGUAAUAGCGCAUUCUACGAAUUUUAG